AGCCCUACUGCUGCCAGCACCCCAGCCAAGAAGAAGAAGAGGAGGUACAAGCCAGGCACCAUUGCGCUCAGGGAGAUUAGGCGCUAUCAGAAGGAUUGCGAACUGCUUCUAAGGAAGCUGCCCUUCCAGCGUCUUUGUCGUGAGCUUGCAGCUAGCGUCAAGUCAGACCUGCGCUUCCAGGCCACAGCAAUACAUGCUCUGCAGGAGGCAACAGAGGCUUUCGUCAUUGGUCAUCUUGAGGACUGCCAGCUGAACGCUAUCCAUGGCAAAAGGGUCACUAUCCAGCAGAAGGACUCUAAGCUUGCACUGCACUACAAGCGAAAGUACACUGGCUUCAGCAUUCUGAAGGAGACUGCGCAUGCAGAGGAGCUUGAAAAGGCCUCAGUGAAGGAGCCCAAGGCUGCCAAUAAGCUAUACAACAAUAAGAUUAAAGAACAGAAGCGCAAGGUGGCUACUGCGGCGAAGGUUGUUCGUGACAGAGAGCGCGCCAAAGAGCGCGCAGCAAUCAACGCUCGCAAACUGCAAAGGGAGAAGGAUAAAGAAGCUCACGACGCUUAA